CACCCGCAGUGCUGGACGGUAUUGUUCAGGGAUUGCAAUCUACGUCUGGAGAAGCUCUGAUGUGUGUGCUGCACCACACACUCCUGUUGCACUGCUCGAUGGUGCCGUGAUACCGCUGGCUCUCUACGUGCCACAGCAUCGUUGUUACAGCGACGAAGACUUCUCUCAAAUCACGCGCUAUCUCCCAGUAUCGGUUCGUCUCUGUCCUUGUACUAAAUGACGUGCCAAGGAAGCGGUACCAUUCUAUAAGUGGUCCGGCCGCUGCGUCUUACAAUCCUGUAUCGAACAAACCGCCCAUCUCGAGCACGAUGUCGAUGUUGUAUGAACCGGUACAGGCACUCAGUUGGGACACCUACUUUGUUCAAAAUUGCUGUACAGCUGCCACCUUCAGCAUCUAUCUGUAUGAACGUGCAAUAACCUUCUCCCGCGAAGUCGACGUCGUAUGGCGUGGCCCACAGCGGCGCUUUGGCUACUUGUAUGCGGGCAUGCAUGUUUCAGCCAUUCUGUAUUUCUCGACAAACAUCUCGUCCUGGGCUGGCAUGGACUGUACAAGGGACCGGUUUAUUUACCCACUCUACGCGGCUUGCUGGUGCGCCCUCUCUGCGCUAACCGGAGUGAUUACAGCAAUGCGCGUUUACGGGGUCAACUUGAGCCAGAGGCGACGCUGGCUGCUUCCGGCCAUCAUAUUGACCUUGUUCCUCCUUGGCCCCAUUUACGCGGUUGUCUUCGUCAUAUACACGAGUUAUCAAUCGUCUCCGUAUCCGAUAGUUUGCUCCAUUGGUGAGAAGCGGUUCGCUUUCACAAUGCAGUUCGAGGCUAUUGUGCGCGUAUGCAACAUUGUAGCGGAUGUUCUCGUUCUGUUCGUGACAUGGCGGGCAACGUAUGCCAACUUCAAUGAAGCCCGACGUCUUAAAACGCCCCUCCUGCUCACGCAGCAGUUGCUCAAGGACGGAACCGUGCAUUUCUUGGUGCUUCUGGCGUUGAACACUGUCGUGUUGGCAUCUUGGGUGGCCAAUAACCUGGAGUGCUCCAUGUUCGUCGACAUGUUUACGGUGGUCUUACUAUCUAGAUUCGUCAUCGGUCUCCGCGAGGCGACAUACCCCAAUACCUGUGCAUCCACUCCUUCGCAGAUGUCGGACGUCCGCUUCUUCGAUCGAGGUCAAGACGGGGCUCCUGAAAUGGAAGAUGGAGCAUCCGAUUCAUCGAGAUAUGACGACGAAGGCUGAAACAAACAUCACUGUCGAACAUAUUGUCCGAGAAUACAGUAGUACAACGGAUGCAGCUCAUAUAGUGAAUAUAUGUAAUCCAGUCCAGAGGACAUCGGAGCCACACUGCCAAACCGUCGAAGCACCUAGUUGUCCAUUCAUCCGAUCUCAAAGUACCGGCAGAAGCCCCAGUGGUAGCUAGCGGUAUGGUCCCACGGCGACAACGUUAUGGUCCGACAUCGCUCGGAGCCUCGCAUUCGCUCCAUCUAUGGUACUGAUGUUGGACGUGACUGAUGAGAUGGACUUCAUGCAAGACGGAAGUCGAUCAUUGCCCAGUCAAACCUCAGCCUGAGGCUCCGACACUGCACAACCACCACAGCGACCAUUCCUU